GUAUCUCGUGUACCGGACGAGUUGUAGCUGACAGGUGUUCUCCAGGUACAGAAUCACAGAGUUGUAGCUGACAGGUGUUCUACAGGUACAGAAUCACAGAGUUGUAGCUGACAGGUGUUCUCCAGGUACAGAAUCACAGAGUUGUAGCUGACAGGUGUUCUCCAGGUACAGAAUCACAGUUACGGUUUCUAGUUCCCUGGCUCAUGGUUCUGGACUCUGUGAUCAUCUGGAGUUGAUUCGCCGGGACAACUGUACACACAAACGAGAAGGCAUUUCCAGACUUCAACAUGGAGAAGAAAGUAUACCAACUCGGCACUUGGCACGAUGAUACCAUUCUUGAUAAUGUGAUAAAUGAAAUGGCCAAGCAGGUCAGGGCAGGAAAAGGGACAAAGGUCAGAUUAACCGUAUCUAAACAUGGAGUGACAGUGAUGAAAUCCGCGGCUUUGACAGGUAAACAGAUGACUGACUACCUUCCUAUUGAAAACGUCUAUUUCAUUACCGUAAACAAGUACCAUCCUUCGUGCCUGUUAGUGAUAGGUAAGGACCACCCCACUAAGUACCAAAUCCUCGCCUUCAGGUGUGCUAACGGUCUGGACGCUGGCAUGUUCGUCAAAUAUUUCAAGGAUAUAAAACGUCAGUCCAAUCCAGGUGAGGGAUAUAACGUUGAAACGAAAAAGACGGAAGGAGAGAACUGGACUCUUCGCUCUAAAACCCAAAACAAUAACAAUCGUCAGUUAAGUGCUGUUGUAGACAUGCACACAGAGCGAGCCAAGGUGAAUGGGGAUGUCCAUAUUCACGUGAAUGGUGACAGUCAUCAAGAGAACGGUGUGGCUAGAACAUACAUCAAUCCAAUCGCAGACGACAACCCCCCAUCACUGACAACUGAGCGAAAAACGCAUGCGCAUAUGACCACUUCCGACAAAGUAGUCAUACAUCAGCAGCAAGUUGUACACCAUCGCCACCUGUCAGACAAUGUGUCAGAAGCUUCAGAAACGUCACUCCGGGACGAGCUCGACGUCCUCUCACACGAACUGAGGGAAAUCAAAUUCAUGCUCGAGAAAUCCACUGGAAUCACUCCCGAGGAAUAUCAAAGAUCUGUUGUUGUUACUCCAGGGAGGAAGGACAAUUCAGUGUCUGAAGAGGUAGUGGUGACUAGGACGAUUGAACAGCCAGACGCAAAUGUGGUUGUGAGGAGGGAGGAAACCGUUACCGAGACUAUACACCAUUCUCACACUAACGGGGAGGUGAGACACCAUAUCAACAGAAAAGUCGAGCGCGCAGCAUCUCCCAAGAUGGAGGGGGAGGUCAGGGUGACAGUUCCGGACUACCGAUCAUCUACGGACUCCAGUAGAAAGAUUUACUCCACUACCGAGACCCCUCGGAUACAGCACGAGGAACAAGGAGACGGUGUAAACUAUAAGUCUUGGGGAGGGGACAGACGUUCCGUGGUUAGACCCCAUGGUAACUGGAGAGAUGAAGUGGUCUUGAGGCAAAGGGUUCAUGGCCGCACGCGACCUCGAUCGGCUAUCCAUAGCUCAUCAAGUUAUGCCAGUGUAUCCGGUAGUGUCCGAUCUGCACGUGCGCCAAGUGCAUACGUGUUAACAGAGUAUAACCGUCAUCCGGGAAGCCAGACCCUCCCAACCAAUCGCGGGGGCAGUUACAAGCGCUUGCACGUGGCAACCACUGUCCAGAGACCCAUCGAGCGCGUGUAUGGACGUCACUCCACGUACGGAGGCAAACCGGUCAUUGUGGAACGUCAAGCGGUCGUGGAUUAUAACCAGAACAAUUUGGAAAAAUCUCACAACAACACACAUGACUCGGUCAUUAUUAGGACAUGAAGACAGGUAUGUGAACCAAACAUGUGAUAAACAAUGACGUUUUAUGUUGAUUGAACCAAGGACUUCGUAAUCUAUCGUCAUACUGUGGAUUAUAGCUGAAAUCUGUGAAUAUAUUGUUCUCAGUGUAAUGAUUUAACACAAACUCAUAAUACUUAUGGCAUCAGCUGUCAGCGGUAUCAUCAACGCUUAAUUUGCAUACAAAGCAGUGAGAUGAAUACAAACUAAGGGAAUGAUGGAUGAUGGAUGGUUUUAUGUAUACCACACGUCAUCUCCAUGUGUGUAAAUCUCGUGCCUUCGCCGAGGAAUGUGCUUUACGUACUGAUAUUAAAAUGUGUGGAUUAUACCUUUGCACCGGAUAUGACGUCAUAAUGUCAAAAUGAUCUUAACGACUACGUUAUUAAUGUUUGAAAUCCCCAUGAGAUGGUGUCGUAUGUUUCCCAAAGUGUACGAGCAAUAAUGAAUAGAGACAGUGAUAUUAGGACUGGCUGGGUGUUACUGGACAGUGAUAUUAGGACUGGCUGGGUGUUACUAACUGGGAAGAUAGAUUUCAUGUUAAACAGUUUAUAUCAGAUAUACUCAAUAAUAAAUCACUUAUAUAUCAUAAUAUAUAGAAUUAUAUAUGUAUCCGGGACGAGUAUAGAUGUCGCCUAUUUUUGGAUGUGAGGUUACACACAGGGACCCAGUCGUGUAUAACACGCAUUAGAACGAUAAAGGAUUUCAUGACUGAGCCGCGUGUUCAUUGUGGUAUUAGGACAAUCUGUGUAUACGUCAUCACAUCUUACCGUGUUACGCUCUGAUAAUUUGUGACAACACAUCAGUGAUCGGCUUACUUGAACAAUGGACUACAUAUUUGCAUCUAAUUCUUAAGCAUUUAUUAUGUUUCGCCAUUUCUUUUGGAAUGUUAUAUAAUGCGAAAUCAAAACGGUCGAAACGUAUUUAUUUUAUUUAAUGUAUGCAAUUACAAAUUAAAUUACAAAUGAAAAGUAAACAUUAAUGCAACCCAAAUGACAGAAGUAGAGAUAUGUGUAGGCAGACAACGAAACAGUGUUCAGAACAUAAACUUACAACUAUAUUGUCCUCGUUAUCAAAUAAAGGGAGACUAAAAUGCCAA